UUUCUCUCCACUUCUUCCCCUCAAAACGCCAUCGCUCGCUCAAUCGACUUUUUCAUGUCUUUUCUGACUCCACACGCUCGUUUUCCUCGUGUUUCGACACCUUAACAGCGCUCUCAGGCGCAAUAUCAGCGAUGUGCUUAAGAAGCCUUACGCUUGGCGCGCUCUUCGGAUUGCACGCCAUCGUGGCGCUCGCAUCACCCCGAGGCAUCAUUCCUUUACGGCCCUCCUACGCCAACACGACGCAACCUACACCUACGUCAACUGCUUCGAUAUGCGACUCGAAAUGCUCAGUCGAGUACCCACAGAUCUCGGCCCUCCAAUGGAUUCCCGAAACUCAGGUCGUCUACACCACCUCAAUAACCGUGGCUACGAUGCUACUUGAAAUUGUAAUGUCCGCCAAUACCACACUGUUCACGCGAACUGGCAUAGCAUACAACGACCCCCUCCCCUCAGAUUACAAUUUCUUAACCGUGGGUACAAACGUAGCGGGUACAGCGAUGGUAACCUUCCCAGUCCCGCAGUCUGAUGGCAUGACAUUCUACUCCCGUGUUGCGUAUCCAACACCCUUUCUUGACUAUUCAUGGGAGUAUCACUGGCAGGGAGUCCUUCAAACUCACAACAAAGCAUUUGAACCUUCAUGCGCAACGGCAACGCCUGAACCUUCAGAGGUACCCCUUAGGGAACAUCCAGAAUAUCCCCAGCCAAAAGGAGAGCUAAGUCCUGGAAGAUUCGACCCUUUUGGCACAUCGCAUGUCCCUAUCUGGGGCCCGUACAAGGAUGAGCCAGAUGCGCUCUUCUUCCAGGUAGCAUUUCCUUCCGAGUCCGCUUUCUCAUCCUGUGAAUCUGUGAAUCCCUCAACGCCGCUUCCGACAGAAUAUACCACCGCCAAAUACGUGACGGUCACGACAACCCUGUAUGGAAACAGGACUUAUAGUGCAACUGCCCCGGGCGUAAUAAUCCAACCUUCAGAGACAGGCUGGGAGGUCACAACAACUGGGUCGAAGAAGGCACCCCAACUUGUCGGAAUCGAAAAGACGGCCACUGGCUUCGAGACGACAGAGCCAUGGGGAGGAAGAGGAAGCAGAGUUUUCUCCUCGGGCAUCCAGGCCCAAGCCAGCCCGACGCAUGCGCCCGCACAGUUUGCUGCGGUGCCGACGCCCGUUUACACGCUUGUUCCUACGGUUGUGGAUGGACAAUCUACUACUAUUCCCGCAUUCAUCCUUCCCGGCUCAUCUGCAACCGCGACGAUCGGCCAAACCGUCAUGAUUAAUAGUCAGCCGACGGUCUUAUCCGCACCCUCGGCUGUCUUAACUAUAAUCCCAACAACGGUCAAUGGCGUAGCAACCAGCGUCUCUAUCUACCUUAUCGGCGGAACAAGCACGGCGACUCCCGGCCAAACUGUCACGAUCGAUGGUAGCACGACGGUACUUUCUAAUGCCCCUACAUCUGCCGCCGGGCCGCAAGCCACCAAUAAACCAUCUUCAGGCGGCGUUGCAGAACGGUGGAAAGUGUCAUGGAAUGCGGUGCUAGUUGGAGUGAGUGCAUUUGCUUUAGCAUGGCUUUAACCGUAUCAACAAUUGCAUUGGGAUGGCGUUCUCGGAUUUGGAAAUAUGGAAUAUUCACGACAUGGUAUGGUAUUAUGGGAAAUGGCAGGUCUGGCCUAGACCGUCAAAUGGACAUAAUUUGACUCCGCGUUAUGGGAGCGUUCAAGGGCAUUGCAUGGAUUGUAUCUGCGGGCUGGAUCUAAUACCCUGGGCUUGCGCUUUAUGAAUUUAGUGUAGUUUCUAAUUCAUCAUGAAUACCAC